AAUUACUUGCUGGUAAACUCCUCGAUAAGAUGUAUUACAUCGUAUUUUGGGACGAAUACUGCCAAGUCGUUCCCGAUUCUUGGGUAAACUUUAAUGCAAAAACAUUUACGUUUCCAUUGUCUAAAAAAAAUAUUACCAAUACAAUAAAAAAGAAGAUAAGUCCUGGAAAUGAUUGGAACAUCAGUCAUUUUCAUAAAAUUUUAGGACCUUACAAUACAUUUGAUAAGGCUCGGGAAGCAGAAAAAUCUUGUAUUGAUAUAUCCACUUCGGAUGAUAUUCAAUUUGCUUCUUUAAAUGAACCAAUCCAAACAUUGCCUCUGAAACGUUUGAUAACGAAAAAAAAAUUUUAUGACGAUGAAUCGAAUAAUUACGUGAAUGAUUGUAAUAUUUCCAAGAAAUAUAAAUCAAAUCAACAUCCCCCAUCAAAUUAUAAAAUACACGAAGGGAUUGGAGCUACAUCUACAAAUGUUGAACUUGAGAAAAAUUCAUUACAUUUUAGAUCAGUGAGUUCGGAAUAUAACGUGCAGAAGCGGGAGGAAGAUAAAAUUUUAUCCGUCAAAAAUAAUCCAUCUAAUUGCAAUGUCCCUUCACCUUUAAAUGAACACCAAUUUUCAAUUCAAGUUUUUCAUGAGGAUGAGCAAGAUGAUGAAGAGAUGACGGAUGAUACUAAUUCUCGUGAUUAUGAUCGGAACAUCGAUAAUAAGGAAAAUGAGAUAAUUGCGAUGAAGGCUCUCCCAAUUACAGAAAUGAAUGUAGACGAGGAUAUACAUGUAAUUAUAAGUUCUUUAUAUGAAAAAGUAGAUACUUUACAUCAAGACUUUCAACAAUUCAAAACAGAGAUAAAACACGAAGCAGCUAAAAAUAACACAAAAUUGAAAGAAAUAGUUGCUAUUUUAAGAGAAAGUUUCCAAAGAAAUGAAGAAAAUGAAGCAAUAACUAUGGAUUUAAUGCCUGAAUUUCCAAUGACAUCCGUCGAGGAAUAUGUACAAUUUAAUGAAACAUUGAAAAAUGAUGAAGCAAUUCGUAAAUGUUUUGAAAAGAAAAUAAAGUGUAUUGGUGGUGACUCUACACAAAAAAUGAUCUCCAAUAUACUCACAUAUUGCAUAACAUUUGAUGUAGGACACAAGUUGACUUGGACUGGUGCAAAAAAUACUAUCGCAAUCGAAAAUACAACUUUUGCAAACAUUAUAGUACUGUCAAUCGUACAAAAGGAAAUGGACCUGAUGACUGUACCAUUGCAUUGAUUGUCAAGCAUGUAAAAAACUGGCUGCAACAUGCAGGUGAUAAAAUGAGAUAUCGAAACAAAAAAGUGCAACAAUAAAUUACUCUGUAAUUAGUAUACAGAGUGUCCGAUAAUUCCGCUAAAAACCGCGAUAUAAAAAUAGAUUAAGUGAAACUGAAAAAACAAUUCCUCUAUGAUUUUGCGAAGAAGCACGUAAAAUUGUAUUAUUAAUUAAAGAAAUUAGCUAAUGAUCAAUUAAUUAAUAAUUCUAUAUUUUAUGUGGUUCUUCGCAAAAUGAUAUAGGAAUUUUUUCUUCAGUUUCACCUAAUCUACCUGUACAUCGUGUUUCUAAAGCGAGUUACCGCACAGCCUGUAUACUUAAUAAUAAGAAAUUAAUUAAUUAUAUCUUGCAUGGGCGUUGCCAGGAGGAGGCAGAGGAAGACCACGGUCCCCUAAACGUAGAAAAAAAUUUAUUUUUUUAUACGAAGGCGCUGCAGUUUUUUUUUUAUUUUUUACCGGCAAUAAAGUGAUAAAAUUUAUAUAAUUUUUUUGCAUUGAAUGCUUAAAUUGAAAGAGGUGGCUUGUGUAUGGUCUGCCUGAAAAAAAAA